AUGCGAAUUCCAAAAGAUUUCGCCAAUCCUUUGGCGGGCCCACCUCCCGUUUCCACUUAUCGACGACGACCUUGUGAGGCCGAGUAUUUUGGCCCGCCGCUUUGUUUAUGUGUUCCUCCUCGGCCCCAUCCCCACUUCUUCAUCGCAUCAGUUGCUUACGUGAGUCAGUCUUUUGCCAGCACUCUGUCGUUUCCACAUUUCUUCUUCAUUAGCAACCACCAUCUCUUGAAAUACCCUUCAACCUCAAUACACAUCAACCUUACCUACCUGUCAAACAUGAGCCGUCGUCUUCGCUCUGCGACCAUUUCCACCAAGGAGAAUGUCCCCGACCUCGCACCACCUAAACAGGGACGGCGUGCUUCCGUCCAUGCAUCUUCCACCCCCGACUUUCAAGUUGCCGAGCCAGUCGCACCUUUCACUCAGGCCAACGACACCGGCAAUCAAGAAGAUGGGCAAACCCAAGUUAAGUAUGGGCCGCCUAAGAAGAAGACGGCUAUCAAUGCCCCUGCCAACGAUGCCGCCACCCAAGAAGUGGGGAAAACCCAAGUGAAGUCUGGGCCUCCCAAGAAGAAGACUGUUGCUGCCAUAGAGGGACAACGGUGCCCUUCAAAUGCUCAGGUCUUCGAUGGUGUGCACAUCCAAGCUAGGGUGCAGCUUUCUAGGAAUGUUGCCACUGAAGUGGCUGUUCGACCUGCCAACGACCCAGCUUCUGAGGCUGCAGGCCAUCCAGAUGCUGUUCGCUCCGGCGUUGUUGGGCCAGGGCAUGUUCCACACAAGUCCAAACCUGCUCCUGUGCUCAGAACGUAUGGCCGUAAAGCCUCGUCUGCUCAACCUACGGCCCCUGCUGCCAUCGCCAUGAAUGCGGACAACAGCGACCACACACUAUCGGACUUAACCCCGACGCGUUCGGACGAGGACGACAUCAUGCUGCCUGACCAGCCAGAAGGGGCCAAUAGUUAUUCAAGCUUCGACGUCAACAAUCUACCUUCAACCGGAAGGGAACUCACCAGCAUCCGUGAUGAAGACUUUCAUCCAAGGUCAUUGACAAUCCACGACCUCGACUACGACGAGGUCCAGGAAAUGCGAGAGGCAUGCGAGUCCAAACACACAGCAUAUUGCUUCAGCUACGCCGACAAGACCACCCAGUACUACCAUGGCCGCGAGAUAACAGAAGGCUGCCAGACUGCAGCCGACUGGUUCACUAAAUAUUUGGACGACAACACCAAGCAGUGGCUCCCAAUCCCGCAGGGAUUUACAGCCCCUCACUUGCCUGAGAUCUACGUGGACGCCCUCAACAUUUUGAGGGAAGAAGACGAACUGCACGUCAACUCGUACGUCAUCGAGGCGGCAAUGGCACUCGACAAGACUCGCAACUCUGGAGAGGACCCUUUCGAGAUCCUCUCCCUGGAGGACGACCUUACAUGGGACGAUAAGAACAGCAUGUGA